CUAUCCGCGUGAUCUCGUCUAUCACUUCUUAGCUAUGGUGGAUCGUCAGUUUAUGCGAAAUGGAGCUGCACAUGCAGCAGGAGCAGGAUCAAAUGGAGGAAUUGCCAUAAUUUCUGCGGCUCCAGCUAAUAAAACUGACAAGUGGGUUGAAUCUAAAAAUGCAACCCAGGUGGAACAAGAAGUAAAAGGUGGUUACUCCAGCCAAGUUCAUGGGCAAUAUAAUCAGCGAAACCAUCAAUGGAACCCUUGUUAAAUCUGCAGGCGUUUGUUCUCCGGGAAUUAAUCCCGGAAUAACUCCCCUGCAGGGUUUCCUGGUGGAGUUCCUGGCCACCCUUAUUCUAGCUUUGGUGUGCUGUGGAGUUUGGGACCAGCGAAAUAGCGACAAACAUGAUUCGGUGGCGAUUCGAUUCGGUUUAGCUAUUGCUGUCUUAGCUCUAGCUGCUGGACCCUACACUGGUGCCAAUAUGAAUCCAGCCAGAAGCUUUGCUCCUGCUCUUUUCAACGGAGACUGGAAGGAUCAUUGGGUUUAUUGGCUAGCUCCGCUCUCCGCAGGAUUUGUAGGAGCUUUCAUUUACAGACUGAUCUUCGCUAAAGACCCACCGCCCAAAAGGGAGAACCCAGCUGAAGGGAUGCUUUUAAAUGAAAACAAUAAAGCCUGAAUAAAAUGCACCUAGAUGCCA